AUGCUUGUGAACUUAGUUUCUGCGAUUGUGCUGGCACUAUUUCAGAUCUGCAGUGUGUCAGCACUUAGGUUUGAAGUUCCUGCCUUGAUACAGCCUUCUCCUCAGUGCGUGAGAGAAUUUGUUACUGAUGGGCAACUGGUGGUUGUCAUUGUUAACACAGAUGGCCAGAUUGGUGAUGGUCAAAUUCUUUCCAUUAAGAUUGUUAGUGCUGAUGGAAACGAGUACCGCCGAAAAGAUGAUGUUGCGGGUUCUUUCAAAGUUGCAUUCACUGCCAGAUCGUCUUCUUCAUUUGACGUGUGCUUUGAGAACAAGAUUCAGCCUGGUUUCAGAUCGAACGGUGCAGAUUUGAAAAGACAAGUUGAGAUGGAAGUUGAAGCCGGAGCAGCUGCCAGAGAUUGGAAUGCCAUUCAGGCUGCUGAGAAAUUGAAACCAGCAGAGGUGGAGCUGAGAAAGGCAGACGAGAUGAUUGAUGAUCUCUACAACGAAUUGCAGUACCUUGUUAAAAGAGAAGAGAGAUUGAGAGAUACCAAUGAAUCCACUAAUAGAAGAGUUAGAAACUUUGGCGUUAUUGUUAUCAUUGUCUUGGUCUCGGUGGGUUUGUAUCAGAUCCGCUACAUGAGAAGCUAUUUCAGAUCGAAGCAUAUAUUAUGA